AUGGUGGAGGUCAGCAGCGACGGCACGCAAUCGGACACCUCCCCGGCUGUUACUAUUCCGCCGGUCAUCGGUCGUGAACUGGUGCCUUCCUCUACGCCGGGGUCUCAUGCACCUGACGAACCUCCGAGCCAGGAAGAGCAAAAACUCAUUGGCAGGCCGUGGACGACGGCACUCUUCGACUGUGGAGACAACCAAACCAAUGCUGUGUUGACUGCCUUCUGCCCAUGUGUAACUUUUGGACAAAUUGCAGAGAUCUUGGAUGAAGGCCAAACCAGCUGCACCCUGGGGAGCUUCAUGUACAUCCUGCUGGUUCCUGCUCUCUGCACCUGUUGGAUUCUCGGUGCCUACUACCGGCAACAGCUGAGGAAGAAGUACAACUUGAUCUCUUCCCCAGCUCAUGAUCGCACUCUCCAUCUCUUCUGCCCUUGCUGCUCUCUGUGCCAGGAGUUCAGAGAGCUCCACAACAGAGGACUUGACCCUUCUCAGGGAUGGCUGGGUUACCUUGCUAAACAGCAGGAAACAAGGACUCUUCCUCCAGAUGGGCAAUCCAUGGACAAGUAAGCAAGUUCUUCCAUGGGAGGGAGUGUGCUCGUUAUAUAUCUUUCAUUUUUUGUUUGGAAAUGGGAAGCUUGUUUAGAAUA